AUGUCGAGGAUUGCCGGUGGAGAUAGAGGAGGGCGAUCGGAUUUGGAGCUUCCUGAUGAGAUUCUAUCGGUAAUUCCGACGGAUCCUUUAGAGCAGCUGGAUCUAGCGAAGAAGAUCACGUCCAUGGCAAUAGCUUCUAGUGUGUCUAAUUUAGAGGCCGAUGUGGUCGAACUGAGACAGAAGCUCCACGAGAGAGAGAUCGGUGUGCACGAGCUUGAGAAGAAGGCUUCUCGUUUUGAGAGAGAUUUCCGAGAAGCAGAUUCAAGGUUGAAGAUCGUCCUCCAUGAUAACAUGAAUCUGAGAGAGGAACGUGAUUCAUUGGCAACGACUGUAACGAAUCUGAGACGUGAUGUGGCUAAGUUGGAGACAUUCAAGAGGCAAUUGAUUCAGUCAUUGAGUAAUGAGAAUGCUCUGCAAAGAGAAGUUGUUGAAGAUAUUAAGACAUGCGACAAGUCGGUUCAUUGGUCUUAUCCGGACAAAGAAGAAACGACCAAUCUGCAUUCUUACAAUAAAUCCCGAGACAUGACUCGUCCAGUUGACGAUGAUUCAAAUUACACAGGACCUAGAUUUUCCGUGACUCCAUACAUUUCUCCCUGGAUGACACCGAAGAUUAUCUCUCCUCGGAGUAAUUCUUCUCCCAAGAGAACUUCCGGUGCAAUGUCACCCACUGAUACACAUUUUGAAAGCCAAAAAGCAACUCUCUCGUACCCAUCAAGCCAGCAAUCAUCAGCUGCAAACUCUCCUCCUCGUAGCCUCCCUCGUACACCUCGAGUUGAUGGCAAAUGGUUUUUCCGUCAAGCCAGGAGCCGGUUAUCUUAUGAACAAUUCAAAGCUUUCUUGGCUAACGUCAAGGAACUGAAUGCUCAGAAGCAAACCCGAGAGGAAACUUUGAGGAAAGCGAAUGAGAUAUUCGGAACAGAGAACAAAGAUCUCUACCUGUCUUUCCAAGGACUUGUCUCCAAGAACAAGACCUAA